AUGUGCUUGAACGAUAAUGGCGGUGUUCAAGAGGGAAUCUUAAAAAUAAGUUUUGCAAUUGAUCAAGAAAGUCCUGAAACUCUUCUUCGAAACAGUGAAGUUGCACUUAACAUUGUUACAAUGAGUUUCAAUGGAACUGUUAAAGGAAAUAAGGGUACGAAGAAGUCGAUUGGUUGCUCUUAUACGAAGUGUUCGGAUCGAUUAGAUGUCAUGUGCAUGUACAGUUAA